AUGGCUUCCCACGCAAAGAGGCUCUCUGGGGGCCUCUUUCGCUUCUCAGCUGCAGCAGCAGCAGCAGGAGGCCCCUGGAGGCUGGGGGGAGCUACAGCAGCUGCAGCAGCGCCUGCAGCAGCUGCAGCAGUACCAGCAGCAACAGCAGCAGCAGUAGCAGCAGCGCCGGCAGGCGAAGACUUUCCACGGCCUCCAGCUCGAGCCCAAGCAUCUUUCAGGAGGCUUUCCAUCUGUGCACACCGACUGGGGUCUCUUGCUGCACCGGGGCUGCCAGCGCUAGCCAGCAGCAGCAGAAUGGGCGGCAGCAGCCUCAGCAGCAGCAACAGCAGCAAGUGGCAGCCGCUAGGCCUCCUUUCACGCAAGUGCCGUCGUCCGCCGUCUCUGUGGGAUUCGGAAGAAGUCAAAGAAGAGUUCGCCCGCUCUGUGGGCCGCCGCAGAGCCCCCGCGCGGUCCAGUAGGCAGUCAAGCGCAGCAGCAGCAGCAGCAGACAGCAGCAGCAGCAGCAGCAGCUCGGAAAGCCUCGUAGAGACGGGCUGGAAAGAGUUUUUGGGGCGCUACAAAGCACCCACGGGGACGUUCAACCCGCCGCUGCCGGGGGCAGCUGCAGCAGCCGGUCGGGUGCAGCGAAGAAGAAGAAAAACUGCUGCUGCAGCCCACCUGGAGGAGCCGCAGACGCCGGCGAGUGAAGCUGCUGCUGCUGCCGCUGCUGCUGCUGCUGCUGCUGAUGAGGAGGAGGACAGAGGGGAGGCCUCGCUGGACUUUCCGGAGAAGAAGGACCCCACUGCGGAGCUUUUUGACUAUUCGUGUCUCCGCGGAAAAGGCGAAUACCGCGAGCUGACCCACGAAGAGGCCGCGCGCAUGCACGAGGCUUACCAGCAAAAGCUGCUGCUGGACCGAAGAGUCCGCUGGCUCAAGUCCAGGGCGCUCCCCGACCCCGACAGAGACGCCGCCGCCAUUCUCAAGGCCCACGCGCAAGACCAGACCGAAGACGCCCUCAUCGAGUCACUUGGUCUCGGCGACGGCGUGAGAGCAGCGCGGCACCUCGUGAGGAUGGAAGCCGAUGCGGAAAGACAGGAGCUGGCCUCUCGCAUCCGAGCGAAGAUGCGGGAGGAGAAACUCGCAAAUGCGAGGCUCAUGAAGGCCCCCUUGCCCAAUGUUCAAGGCCAGAUCGUCGACCCUAUCAAGUUCCACGUGGCCCGCAGAACUGUCCGCCAGGCGCGCCUUCUGCAGUCGCAGCUUGAAGAAUUCCUUACGUGGAACUCCGCGGAAUUCCUCCACGGAAUGCUGGGGGGAGCUUCAGUUUCAAUUCACCAUGUGGAACAACAAACCACAAGGUCAACAUGCAAUGUGUUUUUCACCGUGGUGUCUAGACACGACCCCAAGGACGUCGAAGAACGACUGAACCGCGCGUCGCCACACUUACGGAUGCAAAUGGCGAGACGUUUAGAACUUGGCUACACUCCUGCAUUCCGUUUCAUUCAUGCAGAUGAAGAGCUGAACAAGCACAGCCUUUUCAAGCUAGUUUCAAACCCCUCCCCACGUAGUGGCAUUUCAAAACAGCAAAAACAGCAAACCAUUGCCAAGGCGUGGGGAGCAACAAUGAAUCGAACUGGCUAA